AUGAAUGGCUUUCCACCUCCUUCCUCUGGGUACCAGCCUCGCAGUACCGGGCUCCCUCCUCUUUCACACGGUCCACGAUCGUCCAUGAUGUCUAUUGAGUACGACGGCAUUCCAUUACCCCCUCCUAGCAUCCGUUCGUGUGGGUCUCAGCAAUAUGUCACGAGUUAUAUUCCAACCCAAGCUGCCUUUCCACCUAAUAGUGUGCACGACUUGAUCUCAAGCAUGAAAUCGUACGCAAGCGCAACUGAUUUAGUGCGUACAUAUAGUGGUAUUCCAUCCGUAGAGGAAGCACUUGUGACACUUGAUCGUGCGGCACUUGCAUUGAAUGCAAAGCGGUACCGAGACGCGUUAAAACUUUAUCUUGAAGGUGGAUAUGCCAUGGCCAAUGUAGCAGAACGUCAAGCGAAUCCUAAAAUCUGCAAUUUACUCACAAGUAAAGGAUUUGAAACUCUCAAUUGGUGUGCUCGUCUUUGUGAUUGGAUUGAAGGUCGAGUGAAGGAGAAGCAUCCACGUCCAGGAGUGCAUAAAGUUGGUAUCCCAGUGAACAAUUGGAAUGAAGAUUGGGAUGGACCCGAUUUGGACGAAGAAGAAGCUCGUCGAAUGUGGUACACUCCUGUAUAUUGUCCUCGUCCCAUUGAUUUUUCAAACUUGGGAUAUCGUUUACGGUGUGUCGAGACUGGUCGCCGUCCACGACUGAUGAUAUGCAUUACGAUGUACAACGAAGGACCACAGCAAUUGCAAGCAACGCUUAAGAAACUCAUUAACAACUUGACGUAUCUGACAGAAGAGUCGAAAAGCCCGGAAAAGAUGCUAACCCGAUCGUUUGUAGGUAGUGAAGUGUGGCAAAAUGUAUUGAUUUGUAUUGUGGCAGACGGACGGGAACAAGUUAAUGACAAAAUGCUUGAGUACCUCGAAGCAAUUGGAUUGUACGAUGAAGACUUGAUGACCAUUAAUAGUGCCGGUAUUGGCGCUCAUUGCCACUUGUUUGAACAUACACUGCAGCUUACGAUGAAUGGCAAAAGUUUAUUGCCCAUUCAAACGGUUUUUGCGCUCAAAGAAACAAAAGGUAGUAAGCUUGAGUCACAUCAUUGGUACUUUAAUGCUUUUGCAGAACAGAUUCAACCUGAGUACACGGCAGUGAUGGAUGUUGGUACUAUGUUAACGAAGUCUGCACUUUACCACUUACUCUUUGCAUUUGAACGCAAUCACCAGAUUGGUGGAGCGUGUGGUCAGAUUACCGUGGAGAAGCCGUUUGAGAACCUGAGCAAUUGGGUGAUUUCGGCUCAAAAUUUCGAGUACAAGAUUUCUAACAUUCUUGACAAGUCAUUUGAGAGCUGUUUUGGCUUUAUAAGCGUGCUGCCGGGCGCUUUCUCAGCCUAUCGCUAUGAAGCGAUUCGUGGAGCUCCAUUAGAAGCAUAUUUUCAGACUCUGAAUGUUGAUUUGGAUGUUCUUGGGCCAUUUAUUGGCAACAUGUACCUUGCAGAAGACCGCAUUUUGUCGUUUGAAGUGGUGGCUCGGAAAGAUUGCAAGUGGACUAUGCAUUACGUCAAAGAUGCUGUUGCUCGGACGGAUAUACCACACGAUUUGGUUGGACUCAUUUCACAACGUAAGCGAUGGCUCAACGGCGCAUUCUUUGCCACUCUUUUCAGUAUUUGGAAUUGGGGACGAAUUUAUUCAGAAAGUAGUCACUCUUUCUUACGGAAAUUGGCUUUCUUAGUCUUUUAUCUGUACUACCUGUUGUACACAGUGUUCACGUACUUUCUACCAGCAAACUUGUAUUUGGCCCUCUAUUUUCUCGUGUUUCAAGGAUUCCAGCAAAAUCGUCUCGAGUUUGUGGACACUUCUGAGUAUUCGCAAAGAGUACUGGAUGGAGCUGUAUACAUGUAUAACUUGGCAUAUCUUUUUGGUCUUUUAAUGCUGAUCAUUAUUGGGCUUGGUAACAAUCCAAAGCACAUGAAGCUCACGUACUAUUUUGUCGGAGCAGGUUUUGGCGUUAUGAUGAUCCUGUCUUCUCUCGUUGGUCUUGGUAUUUUCUUUUCAACGCCAGCAUCAAUUCACUCUGUCGUCAUCUCCGUCUUAACUGUUGGUGUAUACUUUAUUGGCUCUGCCCUUCAUGGCGAGCUUCAUCACAUUUUCAUGACGUUUACACACUACACGGCUUUGAUUCCAAGUUUUGUCAAUAUUUUCACUAUUUACUCAUUUUGCAACCUUCAGGACUUGUCGUGGGGUACUAAAGGCUUGCACAAUGAUCCGUUGCUAGCUGCUUCGAUGGAUGAGACGGAGAAAGGAGACUUUAAAGAUGUAAUUGCGAAGCGCCGCGCCAUCGAUGAACGUCGUCGGGAAGAAAGUGAGCGCACAGAGAACAGAAAGAAGAUUUUUGAAGCAUUUCGAACCAAUGUUUUGCUCACUUGGGCCUUUUCCAACCUCAUUUACGCUCUGUUUAUUGUCUACUUUUCCAGUUCAUCCACGUACAUGCCCAUUUUGUACAUCUUCGUUGCUACCAUCAAUUCGUGUCGUUUGCUGGGGUGCAUUGGUCAUUGGAUUUAUAUGCACACUGCUAGUCUCCGGAACCGUUUCCUCGACAAAUCAGAAGGUGGCAACGGCACUGGUCGCUACCCGCAGAACUCGUACGUGCAGCUUGAUGAACACUAUGCCGCUCUUGCAGAAGAUCAACGCUCGUUUGCGUCUGGACGCGCAAAUGUAUCUAUGCGUGCUAUGAACGACAUUUCUUUGGCCGCUUAG